AUGGCGGCGCACACGGCGGGCGAUCUGACGGAGCCGCCGCCGCCGCCGCCGCCGAACGUCUUCUAUUUUCGGGACCCGAAGCCAAUCCCCGACCCGACCUUCGAGCUCGAGCUCGAGGCGGCGGCGGCGGCCCCGGGCGGCGGCGGCCUGGGGGCCGGGCGGGUGCCUCUGGUGGUGGACAACGGCUCCUUCCGGUGCCGGGUGGGUUGGGCCUCGGACGCCGCGCCGCGGCUUCGGUUCAAGAACGUGUCGGCGCGGAGCCGCGGCGCCUCCCGCAGCGACACGCAGAUCGGCAACGACAUCCGCAACCUGGAGGUGGUGCGGUGGCUGCUCAAGACGCAGUUCGACCGGAACGUGGUGGUGAACUUCGACAUCCAGGAGCAGGUCCUGGACCACGUCUUCCAGCGCGUGGGCAUCAGCUCCCAGGGUUCUGUGGAGCAUCCAAUUGUGUUUACAGAAGCACCUUGUAAUCCACUGCACUCAAGGCAGUUAAUGUCUGAACUCCUGUUUGAGUGUUACCACAUUCCCAAGGUUUCUUACGGUGUUGACAGUCUCUACAGUUUCUACCACAACAAUAAACCUCCCUCAACUGGAUUAAUUAUUUCCUCUGGAUAUCAUUGUUCUCAUAUUCUACCGGUCCUAAAUGGAAGGUUGGACGCUCAUAACAGUAAAAGGAUUAAUCUCGGAGGUUGUCAGGCAACAUCAUACAUGCAACGCCUGCUGCAGCUCAAAUACCCUGGGCAUUUGCCAGCUAUAACACUCAGCAGAAUGGAGGAAAUUCUUCACGAACAGUGCUACAUUGCUGGAGACUAUACAGAAGAACUUAAUUUGUGGAAGUGCCCGUAUUUCUACGAGAAGAAUGUCCACAGGAUGCAAUUGCCUUUUAACAACAAACUCCUGGCCAGCACCUUAACAGCAGAAGAGAAGCUGGAGAGGCGACAGCAGCAAAUCCGCAGACUGCAGGAGCUCAAUGCGCGACGUAGAGAAGAAAAGCUGCAGCUCGACCAGGAGAGACUUGAGAGGCUGCUAAGUAUUCAGGAGCUUCUGGAUGAAGGCAUGACCGAACAAUUCAAGCGAGCUCUAUUAGAAAUGAAUAUGGAUUCUGCGGAGGAACUGCAGUCCUAUAUUAACAAGCUCAGCCUAAUCGUCGAGCAGACAAAACAGAAGAUUCUGCAGGCAGAGGUGAAUGUGGAGGUGGAUGUUGUUGACACAAAGCCAGAUGUUUCUGAUCUGGAUCAAAUGCUGAGUUGUGAACCGUCAAUGGAUGAUCUGGAAGUGGUAAAUGAUUUGGACCAGCUCUUUCCUGAAUAUCAGAGUGAGUUUGGGAAACAAAGCAACGCAGUUCAGCGCAUUGGACAAUUUAACCUGGCAGAAUAUCAUCAGCUACAUCUGGGUAGUGAGCGAAUUCGGGUACCUGAAAUCAUUUUCCAGCCAUCGUUGAUAGGAGAGGACCAGGCUGGUAUAGCAGAAACAUUACAGUACAUUUUGGACAGAUAUUCUAAGGAGGAGCAGAAUGAACUUGUACAUAAUGUAUUCCUCACCGGGGGGAACGUAAUGUAUCCUGGAAUGAAGACUAGGAUGGAGAGGGAGCUGCUUGCAUUGAGGCCAUUUAAGUCUUCUUUUCAGGUGACCGUUUCCUCCAACCCCGUUCUGGAUGCUUGGUUUGGAGCACGAGAUUGGGCAAUCGAACACAAGGAUCAAACUGAGGGCUGGAUCACCCUGGCGGAGUAUGAGGAAAAAGGAGGAGAGUAUCUAAGUGAACACACGGCUUCAAACAUACACGUGCCAAUGAGCAUUGCAAAACCAACGUAACCACACCACGGAAUCCAAAGACUUUAGAAUAUUUUCAGUGCUCAGUCUUUGGUGGGGGGGGGG